AUCGAUCGUUUGAUUCAUUCCCAUUGCCCACAGUUUGAAUAAGUUAUUGGGAAAUCAAUCAUAUUCAUAUUCUUGCCACCACCUUACACAUAUUUUAGGGAAGUAUUCAACUGAAUUGAAGUUCAUAGGAUCAGUUUUUAGAACAAAAAGAUUGCCAUUCUCUUGAUCGAUCUUGCAUCGCGGUUAAAGAAAAGGCGGGACAAUGAGUGGAUCUGUGCUUGUGGCGAUUGCUGCCUCCGUUGGCAACAUGAUUCAGGGAUGGGAUAACGCCUGUAUUGCUGGUGCUGUUUUAUACAUAAAAAAAGAAUUCAACUUGCAAAGUGAACCAACCAUUGAAGGUCUAAUUGUUGCUAUGUCACUCAUUGGUGCCACUUUGGUCACAACUUGCUCGGGUGCUAUAUCAGACUGGCUCGGCCGACGACCCAUGCUCAUUAUAUCAUCGGUUCUCUAUUUCAUUGGCGGUCUAGUGAUGCUAUGGUCACCGAAUGUUUACAUCCUUCUGUUGGGUAGACUAUUAGACGGUUUAGGAAUCGGGCUUGCGGUCACUCUAGUUCCCGUUUACAUAUCGGAAACAUCACCACCUGAAAUCCGGGGUUCACUUAACACUCUACCGCAGUUCAUGGGGUCCGGUGGGAUGUUUCUUUCAUACUGCAUGGUUUUUGGUAUGUCGCUAAUGGAGUCCCCUAAUUGGAGGUUGAUGCUCGGUGUUCUCUCGAUCCCAUCACUUUUUUACUUCGUUUUUAUGAUCUUUUUCCUGCCCGAGUCUCCACGAUGGCUCGUCAGCAAAGGAAGAAUGCUUGAAGCGAAGCGUAUUUUGCAGAGAUUACGUGGUAGAGACGAUGUUGCGGGCGAGAUGGCGUUACUAGUUGAAGGCCUCGUAAUAGGCGGAGAAACAUCGAUAGAAGAGUACAUAAUCGGCGGUCACGGUCCUAUACACGACAUUGAAGAAGUUGGUAAAAUAAACUUGUAUGGUCAUGACGAAGGUGCAUCUUUGAUUGCUCGACCGAUUGCAUCUCGUCAAGGAAGCGCUAAUUACCAACAUGCCCCUCUUGUGGACCCGCUCGUGACCCUUUUUAGCAGUGUGCAUGAAAAGCUUCUGGAUGGUGUUGGCAGCAAAGGAAGCGCGUUUUUCCCACAUUUCGGGAGCAUGUUUAGCGACAAUGGAAAUCCAGUUAAACCGGAAGAUUGGGAUGAAGAGAGCGUUGGCGGUAGAGGCGAUGAUUAUCAAUCCGAUCAUGCUGCUGGACAUGAUUCCGACGAUAACUUGCAUUCUCCGUUAAUUUCCCGCCAAACCACUACUUUCGAUAAAGCAACGAUUCAACCCGCUUCUCAUGAAAGUAUUAGAGUUAAUAAUGAACAGUUGAGCAGCGCGGACAUUGGAGGUGGUUGGCAGCUUGCAUGGCAAUGGUCAACGAAAGAUGGUCAACAUAAAACGGAAGGCAGGUUCGAAAGAAUCUAUUUGCACCAAGAGAUCGGUGCGGAUUUGCCUGCUGACGGUGAGUCCUUUCAGGCUGCAGCUCUGGUUAGCCAUCCUGCAUUAUAUUCCAAGGAUCUUACAGACCAGCAUCCGGUCGGGCCAGCCAUGGUUCACCCAGCCAAAGCAACACAAGGUCUGAGCUGGUCUGAUCUUUUUGAGCCCGGGGUCAAGCAUGCAUUGCUUGUUGGGAUUGGUCUUCAGAUACUUCAACAGUUUUCAGGAAUCAGUGGAGUUCUUUACUACACGCCACAGAUUCUUGAAGAAGCAGGCGUUGGUGUUCUGUUAUCGAAUUUCGGUAUUAGUUCAACCUCUUCAUCGCUUCUCAUUAGUAACGUUAUAACUUUGUUGAUGCUCCCUUGUAUUGCUGUGGCCAUGAGACUCAUGGAUAUCUCCGGAAGAAGGGCACUGCUGCUGUCUACGAUUCCCGUGUUGAUCUUAAGCCUCAUAGUUUUGGUCAUAGGAGGUUUAGUAAACUUCGGUAGCAUUGCAAAUGCAGCUAUCGCAACAACUAGUGUUAUCGUCUACUUUUGUUGUUUCGUUAUGGGAUUUGGUCCGAUUCCAAACAUACUAUGUUCAGAGAUUUUCCCGACCCGAGUUCGUGGGAUCUGCAUCGCGAUUUGUGCCCUCACGUUCUGGAUUUGUGACAUCAUUGUCACCUAUUCUCUACCUCUGCUGCUUACUUCUGUUGGUCUGACGGGCGUGUUUGCUUUUUACACGAUUGUAUGCAUCAUAUCGUGGGUGUUUGUUUUCUUGAAAGUGCCAGAAACGAAAGGAAUGCCCCUGGAAGUGAUUACCGAGUUCUUCUCAGUUGGUGCUAAACAGGUUGCUGAAGCAAAGAAGAAUUGACUCGACGAUUUCGGAGUGUGUUUUUGUUAAUAUUUUAUUAUUAUGUUUUCGGGUUGGUUGAGGUUUUGUUUAUGCUUCAAAACAUGGAAUUUUUAAAUCAUUAUGUGGUUGAAUUUUUGGUUGUUUCAUAACUAGUGUAUCAUCAAACUA